CCGGACCUGGGGCUGACCCGACCUGAGCCUUGUUUAGAGCCAGAAUCCCAACUGAGACCCAGAGCUGAUGGGUUUCUUCCUGGCUCCUACCUCUACACACGGUUUGAGCCAGUACUCCGUGCAAGCAAAGUCCUGGCUGAGAGAUGAGCUCAGUCGGGAACCAGGACUUAUUUCUAACGGUCAGUGAGACGAAGCAAAAAUCGUGUCAGCCAAAGACUUGGUCCCGACUGGGACUCAGCAGGAAUGGGAUGGGAUGGGAUUGGGGGAUCCCGAAGCACAGGUAAGUCUAUAACAAACCAGCUGGCAUGAAAUCAGACGGUGAACUCUAUCCGAUAGUUUGGCUUGAGAUGUGCUUCGGGUCGGCGCUUUCACAAGCUCCUUGCUGCGUCUUCCCUUAAAAGUGUCGGGGCAGGAACCGGAAUCUGGGAUCUCUCAGCUAGAUAAAAACCCGGAUGCAGAGCCUACAGCCUGACCCAGCAGCCCGCUAUCGGAACGUGUUGGAGGCUCUCUGGAGAAUCAUGAGGACAGAGGGCCUGUGGAGGCCCAUGCGGGGGCUGAACGUCACAGCGACAGGCGCGGGGCCUGCCCACGCCCUCUAUUUUGCCUGCUACGAAAAGUUAAAAAAGACAUUGAGUGACAUAAUCCACCCAGGGGGCAAUAGCCAUAUUGCCAAUGGUGCAGCCGGAUGUGUGGCGACAUUACUUCACGAUGCAGCCAUGAAUCCAGCGGAAGUCGUCAAGCAGAGGAUGCAGAUGUACAACUCUCCGUACCACCGUGUGACAGACUGUGUUCGGGCAGUGUGGCAAAAUGAAGGGGCCGGGGCCUUUUACCGCAGCUACACGACCCAGCUGACCAUGAAUGUCCCCUUCCAAGCCAUUCACUUCAUGACCUAUGAGUUCCUGCAAGAGCACUUUAACCCCCAGAGACGGUACAACCCCAGCUCCCAUGUGCUCUGUGGGGCCUGUGCAGGAGCAGUAGCUGCCGCUGCCACAACCCCACUGGACGUUUGCAAAACACUGCUCAACACCCAGGAAUCCCUGGCUUUGAACUCAAACAUUACUGGACACAUCACAGGCAUGGCUAGUGCCUUCAGGACGGUCUAUCAAGUAGGCGGGGUGACUGCUUACUUCCGAGGGGUGCAGGCCAGAGUCAUUUACCAGAUCCCCUCCACAGCCAUCGCAUGGUCUGUGUAUGAAUUCUUCAAAUACCUAAUCACGAAGCGGCAAGAGGAAUGGAGGGCAGGCAAGUGAAAGGAUGCUGAGUGGACCAGGGUCCGAUCGCACAGCUGCAUCCUGCCCUUCCAGCACUUUCUCUGGCUGCUGGCACACUCCAGUCUCAAGAGGAGUUAGAAGGAGGGAGAGAGCAUGCUCCAGGCUGUAGUUGGCUAACGCUAGUUCUUGCCAACGUCUGUUGCCACCGUUGUCUUUCUUCCUGGGCUUUUUGCAAGUUCAGCAAAGGCCACCACAGUACCUCUGACACCAUCUCCAUCCUGGGCCUGGCGACCUGCUCUUGACUGUUGCAGAGGAGAAGCAGCUCAUCCCUGGUUCCUAAUUAAAAAGAAAAAAAGCCUUUAAAU